UGUUGCUUCGAGGCUUCCAGCCGGCCCCUGGAGCCCGAGGUGUUCCUGGCUGAGGGAAACGGUUACUUCCUAGAGCUGCUCCGGUGCGCAGCUCCUGCCACGGUCAGGAGGCUGUUCUGUGCGAGCCUUCAGUCAUCAAAUUGAAGAAACAUUUCCACCACUUAGAAGGGGCCCUCACACUCCCUUGAUGGUUGACCAGCUGUCCCAAUGGGAUUUUUGCUAAGUAAAGCUGCCACUCAUCCAUCUGCUGUGCUGGUGGAUUCAGAAGUGAACAAUCACUUAAUGCAAGGAGCUGAGAAGCGUGGAUUGGAACCAGUGACUCGGUUAUUUCAAAACACCAAGAAAAUAAAGUUAGAAGACACAAACCAAGAAAACUUCACAAGAAAGGAAGGGAUUGACAGAGGAUGGAAUGCCAUGGGCUACGUGAAGGAAAAUGAUGGCCUAGUAAUAACAGAUUUGGAGUGAAGUCACCUGGACAGAUUACCAAAGAAAUCAAAAUUACUUUUUUUUUGUUUGUUUGUUUGUUUUGUUUUGUUUUGUUUUUCGAGACAGGGUUUCUCUGUGUAGCUUUGCGCCUUUCCUGGAACUCACUUGGUAGUCCAGGCUGGCCUCGAACUCACAGAGAUCCACCUGGCUCUGCCUCCCGAGUGCUGGGAUUAAAGGCGUGCGCCACCACCGCCCGGCCAAAAUUACUUUUGAUUAGAGGAUGUGUUCAAUGUAGCUAAAGUCCAUUAGGAAGCGUAAGAAAAUGAAGAAAUGGCUAAAAGGCCCUCCUAAAUCCAAGGCAGAUGUCUGCAGGGUAUAUCCUAUCCCUGUCGAACACCACGCUUAUUUUUACUAACAGUGUUUGGUACUAAUGCACUUUACUGUAAUUAUAAUGAACAUUAUAGCAAGUAGUAUAAAAAGUGGAUCUAAGCAAAACAUGACUAUUUCACAUCUUUUCUGGUGAAGUACUUUUAUAUGCUGCACUUCCAGUUCAAGGGUUUGCUUUGGAGUCCUUUACCUUUCUAAAUGUUCAGGGAGUCUUUCUGCUCUGUGAGAGAGCAUGGUUGAUGGCUCCUUAGAAAAGAACAGUGACCCAUCUCUCUUCAGAAGCAGUUCAAACUCGUUUGUCUGUUUCUGCCAUGCUACCUUCAUUUCAGUGUUAGGACUUACUUCUUUCCAAAUUAAAUGUGUUUGUCUUACAGUAACUACUAUUUUAUAACAAUAUGUCAUAUAAUAAAAACUUCUUUUAUAUCUGUUGUUAAGAUAUUUGUAAUCUGAAACAAUGGUACUGUCCCAAGUAAUGGUAGAUGAAAUGAAAACUAUUUUGUAUCUAGACAUAUGGUGAACUGUAAUUAUUUAUAUAGUAUAUGGAGUUUGUUUGUUUGCUUGGUUGGUUUAUUGUUGUUUGGUUUUGGUUUUGGUUUUGGUUUGAUGUUGGUUCUUGAAUUUAAGGUGUUGAACAUGGUAAACAUGCAACUCUGCUACUGAGUUCUACCCUAUGUUUUGAACAUGUUCUUGUAUGCUAAUAUUUAAUAGCUGUAUCUAUUGUAUAAUUGCAUUAUCUCUUUAACAUUAUUAAAAGAUAGAAGGCAUAUUGGGAUGGGAAGAGAACAGUAUUUUAUGAGGCAGGCCAAUUCUAAAGAAAUGAAUCGAGCCUAAUGUUAAAAACACAGUUAAAUGGAACAUAAUGUAGAUGUAUCCAACCUUCUUAUUAAAUAAGAAACACAGAACCAAUGCAAAGAAGAAAGCCAAGAGGUCAGAGCUAAGAGCUAAAACCUUACCCUUCCUCCUGCGGUGGUCCUACCUCUCCGAACCAGAGCUACCCCUGUGUUAAAGUCUUUAUAUAGAGUUCCUGUCCUGCCUUCUCAUUGGUUGUAAACCCAACCACAUGACCGCCUCCUCACGGCCUGUCUGUAUAGGCCUCCAGGUUUUCCAUGAUUGGUAUUAAGAUUAAAGGCAUGUGUAUCCAAUAAUGGCUGUGUCCCUGAACACACAGAGACUUACCCAGCUCUGCCUACCAAGUGCUGGAAUUACAAGCAUACGCUACCACUGCCCUGCUUUCCUAUGGCUUGCUAAUAGCUCUGACCCCCGGGCAACUUUAUUUAUUAACAUACAAAUAACAUUUUAAUACAAAUAAAAUAUCACCAUACAUA